AGCCAACCUGUGUACUCGAACCCUAUUGGAGUUCUCGCAGGCCACGCAUGUACGAUCUUUGAAGAUCGAAGAGGAGGGAGCCAACGCCUCAAAAUCUGAACCACUUUCCCCGCAGUCUAUCCUUCAACAGGAGCAAGAUGACGGUAAGUAGCAGCGGCAAUUCUUCUCUCGUAGAAGAACGUCGGCGAGCCAUUGAACGAUGCAUUGACUGGGUGGAGACAUAUGGGAGACAACGCAUGGAAGAGGAUGGAAGCCACCAUGAUUAUCCUCACGUCUUGAAACUGGAUCGGAUUGAGUUUGUCACUACUACUAGUAGUGAUAGUGAUAAGAAUGCCGCGCCCAUGGUGGGAUUGUUUGCCAAAGAAUCGAUUCGCAAGGGUGACACGUUGGUGACCAUUCCGGAAGCCUGUGUAUUGAGUGAAAGUCAUCCUCUGUUGAUGGAUUUAGCGAGGGUCUGUAUUGAUUCAGCAAUGAAGGCGUUUCGAGACAAUUUGACGACACAAUGGAAACAAAAGAGCAACACUCGAAACCCCUGGAAUUCCUUUGCAAACGAGCAAAGCCAAGGACGCGUCCUUUGUCUGGAUGAACUCCGAUUGGCGUUGCAAUUGACGUUGUUGGUGUAUGCGCAUCGAGUCAAAGCAUCCAUUGGAGGGACACUCGGAGAUGCUGCAACUCAUUUCAAGAGUUAUUUGGAAGCCUUGCCACCAUCCUACGAGUCGCUGAUUUUUAAUUGGACGGACGAGGAAAUGGAACUACUCAAAGGAACCGCCUGUCAUGCCGUGGCUCUGCGAUUGCGACGAGAAGUGGAGGAAAAUUGGGAACAAUCCUUUGCAUCGGUAUUGGAGGAAUAUCUCCAACAACAACUACAACCAAAUGACAAGGUGGACUCGACCCUAUUAAAGGAAUCCUACUUUCACGCUAUUUGCUCCAUUUAUUCCCGCAUGCAUUCCUUGGAUGCCGCCAACUUUGCAAGUACGACUGUUACAGCCGAAACCAACACGCGCACCCUCUGUCCAUUGUUGGAUAUGCUCAAUGGAGACAAGGAAUACAGUCCUCGCUGCAAUGUUCAUGUGCUGCAUUAUCCGGGUAUUCACGUGGCCGUCCAAGCCACGCGAGAUAUUGCCAAAGGAGACGAAGUCAUCUUUUCCUACGGACAAAUUUCCAGUCAAGUCUUUGUCACCAAAUUUGGAUUCGUACCAGUGGCAUCGACAACUGGAAAACCCCUUAUUGAUGGAUUGGAUGUUGUGCAUGUGGUGCCACCACCCAAAUUAGUGUGGGAAGAAGGCGACGAACGACGAUGGAAAUCCCUCACAAGUGACAAAAACAAGGUCUUGGAACGGCGUCAUUUGACGGAAUUUCCACCGGAAGAUGGGACCCCGUUUGCAUUCAUGGGAUCCCCUAUCGACAUGGCCAAAGUACGGGGAUCGGAAUCAUGGCGGCCUGUCUACUUGAACAAUUUGCAUCUCUAUGCCUUGUUUUCAUUGUCGAAUGAUGACGGAGCCGAGGUUGUGGUGGAACCAUUUGAACCAGGGUCGAUUAUUCUGGAUAUGAUUGAUUAUCGACUCGACCAAAUGCCAACAAUAGACGAUGACUUGGUGAGUAACGCUUCUGGCAAUAAAAAGACUGCCAUUCUCUGCCGCAUGCUGGAACGCGAAAUCUUGACCAUGUGGAGGCAUGCCAUUGCCAAACAGUACGAGUGUUAUGGAGAAACCAGCCCGACCACCGGCAAGAAAUAUCUCCCAUUGCGGGGUCAAAAAGAAGGUUGCGCUGUUUGUCAAACGGCAUUUUCCGGUCCCCUGAAGAGCUGUACCCGAUGCAAGGCUGUGUUUUAUUGUGGUCGAGGUUGUCAAAAGGAAGAUUGGAAGGCGGGGCACAAGGAAGCUUGCAAGCCCGUCUCUAGCUAGCUAACUGCUGGCAGAUCAUUCGAUGUAUGAUUUGGCUCCUCAAAGUUUCUUGCUGGACCAACAAGGCUAGAAGCGUAGAGUUCAGGCAAGGCAUGGCUACUGGCCAUUGCGACACACAGCACAUCAGUGCAAUUAGGCAGAAUGUUCAAGUCAGUUGACCCUCAAGCUAAAGGUAGUUCAGUUCCUCAAGUC